UAAUCGACGCAGGGGCAGCCUGUAGAUACCUACCCUCAUCCCACUUUAAGAUGGGAUGAGCUCCGCGAAAUAGCUUCUCGUUUGAACUUUGAAGAACUGUUCAUCUCUUUUCUUGUUUUCUAAAUAUACCGAACAUUCUACCAUUAUGGCCAAGCCACUGUCAGAUGAAGAAGUUGCUAUUCUCAAAGAAGCAUUCGAAGCAUAUGACACGGAUAAAGGAGGCAACAUCACCGUAGAGGAAUUUGGCCGUGUGAUGAAACAGUCUGGACAAAAUCCAACCGAAGAAGAACUUGCACAGAUCAUAAAAGAAGUUGAUCUUGAUGGCGAUGGUACUAUCAAUUUUGAUGAAUUCAUUGCCAUGAUGACAGGCCGAACAAGGCACGAACCAAAAGAUUCAAAGGUCAGCGAAGACGAUCUGAAAGUAGAUUCGGCCCCGAAUCCUGUUUCGAGUGAAGAAGAUCCAGAGGAGGAGUGGAAAUCUGCGUGGAAGGAAUAUGAUCAGUCUUUGAAAGGGUCAAUUACUGCAGCGCAAUUGAGACAGGUUCUGGGAAAUCUGGGAGAAACAAUCAGUGAUGCAGAGAUUGACAAUGUUAUAAUGAAGUCUGUUGAUGCGGAGGAUAAAAUUAGUUAUGUGGAGUUUGUCGAAUUCAUGAAGGGGAGAUCUACUUCGGAGAUAUGACAGUGAUUAGGGGAUGUAUAGCUAUAGUUGAUGCAGAUUACCCAAUUUCAUGUUUUGCUACCUAUUACUA